CGCGCGCUUCCUCUUUGCUCCCGGGCGCGUUGCAGCCAUUGCCGCGCGGUCCGGCGGGCGCAGGAGGCGGAAGCAGCGGCGCCGCGUGGCUCCGCAGCCCCCAGCCCGGCGGCCCCCGCCCGCCCGCUCUCUCCGCCGCCUCCUUUGCAAAGCUCGGGGUCGCUGGCAUGGUCUUCCUCACGUGCCAGCUCUGGCUCCGCAGCCGGCUGACCGACCGCUUCUGGCGCAAGCAGCAGAUCCUGAAGCAUGCGCGGCAUUUUCGUGGACGGAAGAACCGUUGUUACAGCUUGGCGUACCGGGCUGUUCGGAGGGCCUUUGUCUAUGCCACGAAGGCCAGGCUACUAAAAAAGAGAGACAUGCGGAAGCUUUGGGAAACCAGGAUCGAAGCAGCGUCACUGGAGCAUAAUGUGAAGUACCACGUUUUCAUCAGUGGCCUUUAUAAGUGUCAGGUGGAACUGAACCGGAAAUCGCUGGCCGACCUAGCAAUCUACGAACCGAAGACGUUCAAAUCUUUAGCUGCUUUAGCCAAAAGGAGAGGAGAGGAAGGACUGCUCGCUGCCCAGGAAGGAAAGGAACCCGAUGGAAUAUUUUCCCGUCUGUUGAAAUAUCCGUGAAGGGGAUGCUCUGUGCUCAAAUUGAAAAGGGACAUUUUAAAAAUAAAAAUUUUGAAGAUU